AUGCCCCAACCAACUGAGGAACAAUGGAAACGAGUAGAAGAAAAGUUUUGGCAAAUCUGGAACUAUCCAAAUUGCAUAGGUGCAUUGGAUGGAAAGCACUGCGUUUUUGAAAAACCGCCAAAAACAGGGUCCAUGUACUUUAACUACAAAAAAGAGUUCAGUAUCGUCUUGUUAGCUCUUGUUGACGCAGAUUACAAAUUUAUAUCUGUAGACAUUGGUGCUUACGGGAGGAAUAGUGAUGGUGGAGUUUUUAAAUCAUCAUCCUUAGGACAAGCCCUUGCUAAUGGUAGUUUAAAUAUUCCUCCACCAAAACCAUUACCACACUCGGAUGUAAUCGUCCCCCAUGUGAUUAUCUGCGAUGAAGCUUUUCCAUUAACUCCUAAUACAAUGAGACCGUUUCCAGGGAAAAGUCUAGAAAAUAAUCGAGACAAUAAGGUUUACAACUAUCGCCAUUGUCGAGCUAGAAGAGUUGUCGAAAACGCAUUCGGUAUACUGUCGAAAAAGUUUCAAAUCUACAACAGGAAAUUCAACUUUAAACCAGAGCAUAUGGACAUAGUUGUAAUGGCGACGACAGUUUUACAUAAUUUUUUACGCAACGAUAACUGUCACUGGCAGCCAGGUGAAUUGGAAGAUACAACACCUACAAGAGGAUUGAAUAAUUUUACUGGUGUUGGAGGAAACAAUCCACGAGAAGCCUACAAUAUUAGAGAAAAUUUCAAACAGUUUUUUGUCUCGGAUUAUGGUUCAGUUCCAUGGCAGUGGGAAAAGGCCUGUACCUAA